CAUUCAGCAAAAAUGAUGUUAUUCCAGGACCUGCUGUAUUUUGCUGGUCUAUUUGAAAUCAAAUAUUAGCAGGAGCUGACUUGCACUUUCCCUUCAACUUCUGGACACACGUAUGUCCACACAGUAACCUACACAGAUGCACCUGAGGGCCAACGUGGGCUGGCUUGGACAAGCAUAGAUUCCUCCUCUACCUCUAAGAGGUAGCCUACCUAGGUUCCUACCUCUCCCAUCCCACUGUGGUUCUUUAUGAAGGAAAAUCCACACACACUCUUAAAGCACCUUUUAUGUGCUUGGCAUGAAAGAAUAAACCUUCAGUGCCCAUUUUCUCUUUUUGCACCCCUAACUGACAUUCUGAGGGGGGAUAUUUUAGCAAAAACAGUAUACAGGCCACAUAUGCCCUCACUCUCAUGUUCAAAAGGAAAUGGAUUCUAAUUCAUUUUGGUCAAAUGGAACUACUUUCAGGUAUAUUAUCUCAAAAAUCUCAUAUUAUCUCACUGGAUUGCAAAACAGCCCUGAGAAGAGAAAUGGGGUGAGUUUUGAGCUCCAGCUAAGGAAACUGAAGCUGAGAAGCAUUCAGUUAUUCUUCCAUGGCUUCAGAGCUAGUAUUUGAUAGCAUCCGGACUAUAACUGGGCUAUUUGACUUCUAUUUUAGUGCUCUUUCCCACAUUCCUCGUCUCUCAGCUUGAGAUCAUAGAAAUUUCUAACCACUCUUCAGGAUUUGGCAAAAAUAAAAUAAUAUAAUCCCCACCCCUCUAUAUAUGUUUAUUCUUUGUCUCUUUGUUAAAAUAAAAUACAUCUGCACCCUGCUCUCUCCCUUUAGCCAUAGUAACAAUGGCUGACAUACCCCAGGUCCAGAAGCCUCUCAAGUUGUGAGGUUCAGGAAGCAGCCUCUCACAUGUGUCCCCUUCGCCUCCAGACCCUGGACUGCUGUCCCGUCCAGAGCCUUGUCCCUUCUGACAAUAUUCAGAACACGGUUUUGGCUGCUCUCCCCCCAUACCCUCCUUCCUUCUAGCUGACUUGCUGCAAACUAUUCAAAACUUAUUUUCGGCCCCUCCUCUGCCUCAGGCACUCGGUAUCUGUGUCUAAACUCCAGGGAACCUUAUUGGUCUCUCAAGAAUACUAGUGUGUUUGUUGAAUGAAUACAUAUAAAUUAAUUCAUACUUGUGUAAAUGUGAAAUGGCUUUUAUGUGUUUUAAUGUUUUACCUCUCCUGGGAGCAUUUAGAAUAGCCUUUAAUGUGCAGGGGGGGCCUUUAUACUUCAAGAUGCUUUAGUAGUAUUUUAUCUCCUUGUGCACCUUCCUUCCAACAACGGAUGGGAAGAGGCAUCUUUCAGAAAGCUUGUGCGAUUUUCCUGAACCCACACAGCACAUCUACAAAGACUUUGCCAUAUAAAGUACCACAUCUACAAAGACCUUGCCAUAAAGUAGCAUUUACAGGUUCCAGAAAUUAGAAUGCGUCUUUUAGGGAUCCAUAUUUAGGCCAGUUAAGAGUAGAACUCAGGUUUUCCUGAAGCUAAUUCACUGCACAACAGAGCUGUGUGACAAAGGGAUUUUGGAGGGAGGAAUUUCUCAGGGAGAUAAUGAGAAAAGUGAUGGGCAGGGGGAACAAGGUCACGUCCCUCAGCGGCCAGCGACCACAUAGGACGGUGGCUGCGGUGAUCCCAGUCAGAGGCCGAUCGUGGUGUGCCCAGGUCUUGGCGGAUAGCGCUGAUGGUGUCAAAGGUUACGGAAGGGAUGACUCGGACCGCGGGGGCGGAUCGAUGGAAGACUUUGAGCCCAGUCGGUGAAACAAGGUCCGGGCGCCGGGGGAGGCGGCCGAGCCCCAAACGAACCAACAAGGGUGCCCUCCCAGCACCUAGGAGGCGGCCGGGAAGAGGGGGUGCGACCAAGGAAGCACGCCCCCUGUCGGGCAGAGACGCCGAUCGUCCGGCUCCCGACUCUAGCAGCCUCUCGGCCGGGAAAGCGCCCCCCAUCCACCCACCGACCUCAGCGCCUCACUGCACCCUGGGUCCAGCAGCCGCAGCCUCGACCCCGGUCCGACGUCCAGUGCGGACCCGGGGAGCGCCGGGCGUAUCGGGAGUGAGGAUGGGUGCGGGCUCCAGGAUACCGCUGGGGGGCGCCGCUGAGCGCCGCUCAGCCGGGGCCUAGGAGACCAAAACCAGCACCGCCCGGCCAGGCAGGGGGCGAGGGGCGACGACGAGCGGAUUCUCCAAAGCUGGAGCGGGCUGGCGCCAGGUUCCCGGUGUUCUACGCUCUUCCUCUGGUUCUCUACCCUCGGGCUUCGCGACACCCGUGUCCCCCCCCCGCCCCCCAACCUGGCAGCGCACCGCGGAACCGCCGCUCCAGUUCCGUCCUUGGAGGGUGUGGAAGGGUGGGUUUGGGGCCGGGGGCGGGUCUGGGGGCGGACCCGGAGGCGGGGCUGUCUCUGCGGCAGGGCCCAGCUCCGUUCUCCCCCCCUCCCGUCUCUCUCUGUCUUUCCUCCUUCCUCCUCCUGCUCCGGGCGGAGCCCGGCAUGGGGGGGCCGGCGCCCGGCAGGCCAGGUACGGUGAUGUAGAAAUUGGGGAGGCUUGGUGCGGGGAGGUGGCAGGGAACUAGGGGCAGGGAGGAUUGGCGGAGCGAGAGGCGGAGAAACCCAAGGUAGCAGGACAAGGGGAAGGGGAAGGUGCCCGAGAACCUGGGGCCUUUGGAUGGAGAAGGGGGAUGAAGCAGGCCAGGUUUGAACACACAGGGGAAGGGGGAGGACGGCAGUGAAGAGGGGCGCCCAGGAGAAGUGAGGCCGAAGGCGAAAAGGAGAGUGUGUGUUUGGGGGAAGGAAACACAGAGCAGUGGAUCCGGGACCCAGGGAGGGCUGCCCCCCGGGCCUGGUGGUGCUGAGCAGAGCCUGCCAGCCCCCACCUCCUGCCCCACGACAUGAACCUCCUCUACCGAAAAACCAAGCUGGAGUGGAGGCAGCACAAGGAAGAGGAGGCCAAGCGGAGCUCCAGUAAGGAGGUGGCCCCUACAGGCCCCGUAGGGCCUGGGGCUGGCCCAGGGUCUGGAGUUCGAGUGAGGGACAUCGCCUCCCUGCGCCGCUCCCUCAGGAUGGGGUUCAUGACAAUGCCUGCCUCCCAGGAGCACACACCCCACCCUUGCCGCAGCGCCAUGGCUCCUCGUUCCCUCUCCUGCCACUCUGUGGGAAGCAUGGACAGUGUAGGGGGUGGCCCUGGGGGAGGCAGUGGGGGCCUCACAGAAGACAGCAGCACCCGAAGACCUCCUGCCAAGCCACGGAGACACCCCAGCACUAAGCUCAGCAUGGUGGGGUCAGGGGCAGAGACACCUCCUAGCAAGAAAGCAGGCUCACAGAAGCCAACCCCAGAGGGCCGAGAGUCCAGCCGGAAGGUUCCCCCACAGAAGCCCAGACGAAGCCCCAACACCCAACUUUCUGUUUCCUUUGAUGAACCCUGCCCCCCAGGUCCCUCUCCUCGAGGGGGGAACCUGCCCCUACAGCGUCUCAGUAGAGGGUCCAGAAUAGCUGGGGACCCUGAUGUGGGUGCCCAGGAGGAAGAGCCUGUGUACAUUGAGAUGGUGGGGGACGUCUUCAGGGGUGGAGGAGGAAGUGGAGGGGGCCUAACUGGGCCCUCUCUUGGGGGUGGUGGCCCGACCCCUCCAACUGGCAUGGACUCGGACUCCGAAGAGGGGGAGGCCAUAUAUGAGGAGAUGAAGUACCCACUGCCUGAAGAGGCAGGGGAAGGCCGGGCCAAUGGUCCCCCACCCUUGACAGCAACCUCCCCACCACACCAGCCUCAUGCUCUUCAGCCCCACACCCACCGUCGUCCAGCUUCAGCCCUCCCAAGCAGAAGGGACGGGACGCCUACCAAGACUACCCCUUGUGAAAUCCCCCCACCCUUCCCCAAUCUCCUGCAGCACCGUCCUCCACUCCUGGCCUUCCCCCAAGGCAAGUCUGCUUCCCGAACCCCUGGUGAUGGGGUCUCAAGGCUACCAGUCCUCUGCCACUCCAAGGAGCCAGCUGGCUCCACCCCAGCUCCCCAAGUGCCUGCACGGGAGCGGGAGACGCCUCCCCCACUGCCUCCACCUCCUGCUGCCAACCUGCUGCUGCUGGGACCAUCAGGCCGCGCCCGGAGCCACUCAACACCCUUGCCACCCCAGGGCUCUGGCCAGCCUCGUGGGGAGCGGGAGCUCCCUAACUCCCACAGCAUGAUCUGCCCCAAGGCAGUAGGGGCUCCAGCAGUGCCCCCUACCCCAGCUGCCUUGCUCCCUGGCCCCCCCAAGGACAAGGCCGUGUCUUACACCAUGGUGUACUCGGCAGUCAAGGUGACCACGCACUCCGUGCUGCCAGCUGGUCCACCCCUGGGUGCUGGGGAGCCAAAGACAGAGAAGGAGAUCUCAGUCCUCCAUGGGAUGCUGUGCACCAGCUCAAGGCCCCCUGUGCCAGGGAAGUCCAGCCCCCACAGUGGGGCCUUAGGCACAGCAGCUGGGGUCCUCCACCACCGUGGCUGCCUGGCCUCCCCUCAUAGCCUUCCGGACCCAACUGCAGGCCCCCUGGCCCCGCUCUGGACAUACCCAGCUGCAGCAGCUGGGCUCAAGAGACCCCCUGCCUAUGAGAGCCUCAAGGCUGGGGGGGUGCUGAAUAAGGGCUGUGGAGUGGGGGCUCCCUCCCCUAUGGUCAAGAUCCAGCUGCAGGAACAAGGGACCGAUGGAGGUGCCUUUGCCAGCAUCUCCUGUGCCCAUGUCAUCACCAGUGCAGGGACACCAGAAGAGGAAGAAGUGGAGAUGGGUGCCACCACAUUUGGGGCAGGCUGGGCUCUGCAGAGGAAAGUCCUGUAUGGAGGGAGAAAGGCAAAAGAUCUGGACACAGAGGUCGAGGAUGGUGCCCGGACUUGGAAUGGCAGUACUGAGGGUCAAGGCAAGGUGGAACGUGAGGACAGGGGACCUAUGGCAUCAGGGAUCCCAGUGAGGAGCCAAGGGGCAGAGGGCCUGCUAACCAGGAUCCACCAUGGAGGGGACCGAGGAGGGAGUCGUACAGCAUUGCCCAUACCUUGCCAGACCUUCCCUGCCUGCCACCGCAAUGGAGACUUCACAGGAGGCUACCGCCUGGGGCGCUCAGCCUCCACCUCCGGAGUCCGGCAGGCCGCACUCCACACCCCCCGGCCCUGCAGCCAGCCCAGGGAUGCCCCCAGCCAGACCCACCCCGCGCUGCCGCUGCCUCUGCCGCUGCCGCUGCCCCUGCCACCCCAGCCGGUCCGCGAGCGUGACGGGAAGCUGCUGGAGGUGAUCGAGCGCAAGCGAUGCGUGUGCAAGGAGAUCAAGGCGCGCCACCGCCCGGACCGGGGCCUCUGCAAGCAGGAGAGCAUGCCCAUCCUCCCCAGCUGGCGGCGAGGGCCCGAGCCCCGCAAGUCCGGCACCCCGCCCUGCCGCCGGCAGCACACCGUCCUCUGGGACACUGCCAUCUAAGGAGGGCCGGGAGGCUGGGGCACCUGGACUGGGAAGCUGGGCAGGACACGCCCGGCUCUCUAGAGAGAUUUGCCUUGAGUGAGAGGGACAAACCGAAGGACCAGGUGAGAGAGCCUGGAAGAAGCCCUGUCCUCCACCCCAGGCCCCGGAGAUCGGGAGUCUGCCAAGCCCAUGGGGCUUGGGGUGCCAACAGCACCCCCAAGAAAUUUGGAGAAGGAGAAAGGGUUUGCUUGAAGUUGGGUUGAGGCCCUGUGAUUGUUGGCUGUUCUCCCCAAGGAGCAUGGUAGACCUCUCCUCCUGAGAGGACAAAGGUCAGCAUGGGGGGUGGGGGGGAGGAUGGGAGGAAGAAUGGGGGGUGGAUCGAAUGAAAGAGAGGGCCUAGAGUGAGGUAGAAGAGCUCUUUUUAUAGAGUUGUGAGUCAUUGGGGAGGGGGUAUUUAUUUUAUUUAUUUUAGUCUGGAGGGCAAUUCUGGGCCCUUCUGACCUACUCUUGAACAGGGAGUGGAGAAUCUAGGUCAAGUUUGCAUUCUCCCCAAAGGCCAUGCCACCCUAUGGCCAGGAAAGGGUCUGGACAGGAAGUAGACUGGGGGGGGGGCAAGUGAGUGGAGGGCCGCAGACCAUUUACAGUAUUUACAGUUUGCCAGAAUUUGAUAGGCAGCGUGCCCUGCUCUGAAACAGGCAUCUUAUUUAGUUAUGGGGUGAGGGUCUAGCACCAGGGAUAGGCGGGAUAAUGGGGAAGGAGGUUAAAUUUUGGUGGGUGGGGGGUGGGCAGGGUAUUUAU